GACUUUCCUUUGCCCCCAGUUUCCCUCAUCGGCAUCCGAUAGAUCUCAGUCGACCAAAACCCUAUAUUAAAAAAAAAGCCCCUAGAUCUUGGCUCUUUUCCCCAAAAUUUCUAGGGUUUUGCCGUCACGAUGCCGCGAUUUCACGUCGACGGCAAGGUAGUCGAAGGCGUGGACUUGCUCAAGAGGAGGCGCUGGCCAUGGCGAUUGGACACGUGGCCGUUCGCUCUACUGUACUCUCUCUGGCUCUUCGUCGCGAUCCCGAGCCUCGAUUUCACCGAUGCCUGCAUCGUUCUAGGGGGACUCUCGGUGUUUCAUAUCCUCGUGUUGCUCUUUACUGCGUGGUCCGUGGAUUUUAAGUGCUUCGUUCAAUUUAGCAAGGCUAAAGAUAUAGAUUCUGCAGAUGCGUGUAAAGUAACUCCAGCCAAGUUUUCGGGCUCGAAAGAAAUCGUGCCGCUUCAUUUUCGGAGACAUGUUACAGGAUCAUCAACAUCUUCAACAAAGAAUGUCGAUGAUGAAAUAUAUUUUGAUUUUAGAAAGCAAUGCUUCAUUUUUUCAAAAGAGAAAGAAACCUUUUGCAAACUCCCAUACCCUACAAAGGAAUCAUUUGGAUAUUAUCUUAAGAGCAGUGGCCAUGGGACAGAAGCUAAAGUUGCUGCUGCUACUGAUAAGUGGGGUCGAAAUGUGUUUGAAUAUCCUCAACCGACAUUUCAGAAGUUGAUGAAGGAGCAUUGCAUGGAGCCAUUUUUUGUUUUUCAAGUCUUUUGUGUGGGCCUUUGGUGUUUGGAUGAAUACUGGUACUACAGCUUGUUUACCCUUUUUAUGCUCUUUUUGUUUGAGUCAACAAUGGCCAAGAGUAGGUUGAAAACCCUGACUGAGCUUAGACGCGUAAGAGUUGAUGGGCAGACUUUAAUGGUGUAUCGCUGUGGCAAGUGGGUAAAGCUUGCUGGGACUGACCUCCUUCCUGGAGAUGUUGUCUCCAUUGGACGCUCCUCUGGUCAAAAUGGGGAUGACAAAUCUGUACCAGCUGACAUGCUGUUAUUAGCUGGAAGUGCGAUAGUGAAUGAAGCCAUUCUAACAGGCGAAUCCACUCCGCAAUGGAAGACUUCCAUUGCUGGACGAAGUAAUGAAGAUAAAUUGUCUGGCAAGAGAGAUAAAAACCAUAUGCUGUUUGGCGGAACAAAGAUAUUACAGCAUACUCCAGAUAAGUCAUUUCAUCUCAAAACACCUGAUGGGGGAUGCUUGGCUGUUGUACUACGAACUGGAUUUGAAACAAGUCAAGGCAAACUAAUGCGGACCAUCUUAUUUUCUACUGAAAGAGUGACUGCAAAUAGCUGGGAAAGUGGACUAUUCAUUUUAUUCUUGGUUUUCUUUGCCAUUAUUGCUGCUGGCUAUGUGCUUAAGAAGGGAUUAGAGGAUCCUACUAGGAGCAAGUACAAACUAUUUCUGAGUUGUUCUUUAAUUAUAACUUCUGUGAUUCCCCCAGAACUGCCAAUGGAGCUAUCAAUAGCUGUUAAUACAUCUUUAAUUGCAUUGGCUCGCCGCGGUAUUUUCUGCACAGAGCCAUUCAGAAUACCCUUUGCUGGGAAGGUUGAUAUAUGUUGCUUUGACAAGACAGGAACUCUCACAUCAGAUGACAUGGAGUUUCAAGGAGUAGUUAUUUUGGCAGAUGAUGUGAAUCUAGAAUCAGAUGCUACUAAAUUGCCGUCACACAGUGUGGAAAUUCUUGCAGCAUGUCAUGCUUUAGUUUUUGUCGAGAACAAAUUGGUUGGCGAUCCUCUCGAAAAAGCAGCACUUAAAGGAAUAGACUGGAUAUACACUUCUGAUGAGAAGGCCAUGCCUAAAAAGCCGGGUGGUCAUGCUGUGCAGAUUGUUCAAAGGCACCACUUUGCCUCACACCUAAAGAGAAUGGCUGUGGUUGUUCGUGUUCAGGAAGAAUUUUUGGCUUUUGUGAAGGGUGCACCUGAAACUAUUCAAGAGAGGCUUGUUGAUUUGCCUUCAAAUUAUGUGGAGACUUACAAGAAAUAUACACGGCAAGGUUCUCGGGUUCUGGCUCUUGCAUACAAGAAACUUCCAGAAAUGGCUGUCAGUGAAGCGAGAAGUUUGGACAGGGAUCUGGUGGAGAGCGGUUUGACUUUUGCUGGUUUUGCGGUUUUCAACUGUCCUAUUAGAUCCGACUCUGGUUCUGUGCUGAAAGAAUUAAAGGAGUCCUCACAUGACUUGGUUAUGAUUACUGGGGACCAGGCUCUGACAGCCUGCCAUGUUGCCAGCCAAGUCCAUAUUAUCUCUAAACCUGCAUUGAUUCUAACCCCUUCAAAGAAUGGAGGGGGUUUUGAGUGGGUUUCGCCUGACGAAACUGAGAAGACUUCUUUCAGUGAGAAAGAGGUGGAAUCUUUGUCUGAGUCUCAUGAUCUUUGCAUUGGUGGGGACUGCUUCGAGAAACUAGAGCGAGCUGGUGCUGUCAUCCAAGUCAUCCCUUAUGUGAAGGUCUUUGCUCGGGUCGCCCCUGAACAGAAAGAGCUAAUAUUGACCACUUUUAAAUCUGUUGGGAGGAUGACACUGAUGUGCGGUGAUGGAACAAAUGAUGUUGGCGCACUGAAGCAGGCCCAUGUUGGUAUUGCUCUCUUGAAUGCUGUUCCACCUGCUCAAACAGGAGAUUCAAAACAAUCUUCGAAACCCGAAGCCAAGUCAUCCAAGCCAAAGAAGACUAAACCCAUUGCAGAAUCAUCAAAUAAACUCGGCUCAUCCAGUAGCUCUACUUCCACCACUAAUCGCCAUCUCACAGCAGCCGAGAAGCAGCGAGAGAAACUCAAGAAAAUGAUAGACGAGAUGAACGAGGAGGGAGACAGCCGUGCCCCGCCAGUAGUUAAGCUCGGAGACGCCUCCAUGGCCUCUCCUUUCACAGCAAAGCACGCCUCUGUCGCCCCAACCCUAGAUAUCAUUCGUCAGGGCAGGAGCACUUUAGUAACUACCCUUCAAAUGUUCAAGAUCCUUGGUCUCAAUUGCCUCGCAACUGCUUAUGUCCUAAGUGUAAUGUACUUAGAUGGAGUCAAACUCGGUGACAUCCAAGCUACAAUAAGCGGAGUCUUCACCGCCGCUUUCUUCCUCUUCAUCUCCCACGCUCGUCCUCUUCAGCAUCUCUCUCCUGACCGGCCGCAUCCAAACAUUUUUUGUGCCUACGUCUUCCUCUCUCUCCUCGGUCAGUUCGCAAUGCAUCUAUGCUUCCUAAUUUCAGCGGUUAACCUAGCAUCAAAAUACAUGCCGGAGGAAUGCAUUGAACCAGACUCGGACUUCCACCCUAAUCUUGUGAACACGGUUUCCUACAUGGUGAACAUGAUGAUUCAAGUUGCCACAUUUGCUGUGAACUAUAUGGGACGGCCUUUUAAUCAGGGGAUUUCGGAGAACAAGCCGUUUCAGAUUGCGUUGUUGGCGGCUGUGGGGUUUUUUGUCGUGAUAACUUCUGAUGUGUUCAGGGAUUUGAAUGAUUGGUUGAAGCUUGUGCCUUUGCCCGAGGGGAUGAGGGGGAAGUUGCUGCUUUGGGCUGGGCUUAUGUAUGUCGGGUGUUAUGGAUGGGAGAGGCUUUUGAGAUGGGCUUUCCCCGGGAAGAUGCCAGCUUGGAAGAGUAGACAAAAGAAAGUAGCUGCUGCUGCUGUUGCUCAAGAGAAGAAGCUCUCAUAAUUAUAUUGCUAUUUAUCAUUUUUGAUGAGAUAGUUACUUCCCCUUUUAAGGAUAUAUUAUUGGUAGAAAAUUUGUUAAACAUGGUGGAAGUUCAUGGAGAGAAGUGGUUUGGUUAUUAUGAAAUUUAAGAAGGGCUGAGUUAGAGAAUUUGUAGACUUCAGGGGACUGCAAAUGUGAUUUUGGGUAAAAGCCUUGGAUCAAAUGAAAUUGAUGGAAAGCUGAUCCUUACUUGAUUUUUUGUAUUUGUGUAUUUCAGCCUGUGUGCUGAACAAAUGUAUUCUUAGGAGCAGCUAUUGGUAUUCUCUUCUAUUGGUUUAUCAGUCUCAAGGAUUUUCCAGUUGAGUUUUCAUAUCCUUUUAAACAUGUUAUCUCAUACAAAACUUGAAUAUUGGAUGCAAAACUUCCCCUUCGCUGAUAUAUUUGUAAUGAAAAUUUUAAAUUCUGUCA